CUGGGAGCGGGUUCUCGCUGGGCGGCGGCGCGCGCCUCGUGGUCGGCCCGGCCGGAGGCUCGGCGGCAUGGCAGGCGCCGGCCCGAAGCGGCGCGCGUCGGCGGCGGCCGCGGCGGCCGAGGAGGAGGAGCGGCAGGCGCGGGAGCGGAUGCUGGCGACGCGGCGCGCGGAGGGCGCGGAGGGCGCGGAGGGCGCGGAGGGCGUGACCCUGCAGCGGAGCAUCACGCUCUUCAACGGCGUGGCCAUCAUCGUGGGCACCAUCAUCGGCUCGGGCAUCUUCGUGACGCCCACCGGCGUGCUCAAGGAGGCGGGCUCGCCGGGGCUGGCGCUGGUGGUGUGGGCCGUGUGCGGGGUCUUCUCCAUCGUGGGCGCGCUGUGCUACGCCGAGCUGGGCACCACCAUCACCAAGUCGGGCGGCGACUACGCCUACAUGCUCGAGGUGUACGGCUCGCUGCCCGCCUUCCUCAAGCUCUGGAUCGAGCUGCUCAUCAUCCGGCCGUCCUCGCAGUACAUCGUGGCGCUCGUCUUCGCCACCUACCUGCUCAAGCCGCUCUUCCCCACCUGCCCGGUGCCCGAGGAGGCCGCCAAGCUCGUGGCCUGCCUCUGCGUGCUGCUGCUCACGGCCGUGAACUGCUACAGCGUGAAGGCCGCCACCCGGGUCCAGGACGCCUUCGCCGCGGCCAAGCUCCUGGCGCUGGCCUUGAUCAUUCUGCUCGGCUUCAUCCAGAUCGGGAAGGGUGACGUGUCCAAUCUGGAUCCCAAGUUCUCGUUUGAGGGCACCAAGCUGGACGUGGGGAACAUCGUGCUGGCGUUGUACAGUGGCCUCUUUGCCUACGGGGGAUGGAAUUACUUGAAUUUUGUCACGGAGGAGAUGAUCAAUCCCUACAGAAACCUGCCCUUGGCCAUCAUCAUCUCCCUCCCCAUCGUCACCCUGGUGUACGUGCUGACAAACCUGGCCUACUUCACCACACUGUCUACGGAGCAGAUGCUGACGUCGGAGGCUGUGGCCGUGGACUUCGGGACCUACCACCUGGGCGUCAUGUCCUGGAUCAUCCCCGUCUUCGUAGGCCUGUCCUGCUUCGGCUCCGUCAAUGGGUCCCUCUUCACGUCCUCUCGGCUGUUCUUCGUGGGGGCCAGGGAGGGCCACCUGCCCUCCGUCCUCUCCAUGAUCCACCCCCAGCUCCUGACGCCCAUGCCGUCCCUCGUCUUCACGUGCAUCAUGACGCUGCUGUACGCCUUCUCCAGAGACAUCUUCUCCGUCAUCAACUUCUUCAGCUUCUUCAACUGGCUCUGUGUGGCCCUGGCCAUCGCCGGGAUGCUGUGGCUCCGCUAUCGGAAGCCUGAGCUGGAGCGGCCCAUCAAGGUGAACCUGGCCCUCCCGGUGUUCUUCAUCCUGGCCUGCCUCUUCCUGAUUGCGGUCUCCUUCUGGAAGACCCCCGUGGAGUGUGGCAUCGGCUUCACCAUAAUCCUCAGCGGCCUACCCGUCUACUUCUUCGGGGUCUGGUGGAAAAAUAAGCCCAAGUGGCUUCUCCAUGGCAUCUUUUCCACGACAGUCCUCUGCCAGAAGCUCAUGCAGGUGGUGCCCCAGGAGACAUAAGCCAGGAGGACCAAGAAGCUGCCGGAAAGAAAACGCACGAAGAUGGUGUUGGAACAUCUCACCCCCUUGAAAAGCGACUUCGGUCCCGUCAUCCAGGCAGCUCAGCGGAGCACCCUGCGCCGUCCCUCCACCGGGUCGGGGGCUGGGGCCCCAGUGCAGACUGGUACGACUUUAGUCCCAGAAAGCGAACUUCUGUCUUCACUUCCACGAGUGUAGCGCCAAGAAGAGGCCGGGCCCUGAGCUACCACAGGCUUUUCGUCCGCUGGGGCCUUCCCCUUUCAGCCUUUGUUUAUUUGUAUUAUUUUUUUAACUUAAAUUUGGGGUCAGGUUGACACCACUAAGAUGAUUAUUUUCUAAAGAAAUGAGGGGGAAUAGUGAGAGUUUUGCCCUCUGCCCCCUGCAGCUUGACUUGCCUGCGAGGGCCCCGGGCGUGUGGUGGGGCGCGGUGCCCGGCCCAGCACAGGCUUCCAGGAAGGGGGGAUCCUGAGUCCCCAGCACUCCAGGCCCAGGAGCAGAGCCUCCGAGACGGCGGCCUCACUGUGCGGACCUCCGAGUGCACCGGCAGACGGACGGCAGCCCAGACCGCACGCUUGGCUUUCUUUUGUUGUUGUUGUUGUAGAUGUAGUGACUUUAGCAAAAACUAAUCUCGGGAUUUAGUCUCUUUGCCUUAAAGAUCCAAGGGUGGAUCCCUCCCCGACCCCCAGAAGAGAAAAGAGAAGGUCACUAGAACAGCUGCCUCCGAGAGUAACCCCAGCCCCGGCUCGGCGGAAGGCAGGUUCCUGCACCUGGUGUCUGCUGCUGGCGGGGGGCCCCUGGGCAGAGGUCACGGGUCCCACCCAUGUGCGCCCCCAGGGACGGCAGAGCAGGGCCAGCAUCUGGGCUAGACCCAGUCACCCGGGACACCCUGGGCUUCCGGUACCGGGACUGAACGAGAGGUUUUCUGGGCAAAGACUCGCUCUGGAAAUCUAAAAGCGGCCAGGCAGGAAUGGCAGGCACCGUGACGGGGACCGCUGAAGGGCUCCCUCGCCGGGUAGUCCCUCGAGACAGUCUCCUCCCAGGGCCUGAAGAACCAGCCCCAGGAAGGCACCUGCAGCUGGCUGGGGCUCCUGGCGCGGGAGCCCCCCACUCCCCCUGCAUGGCCCUUCCCAGGCCAGACUCCACUGCUGCGAAGCUGGGGCUCCUGGCGCUGCACCUGCCUCCUUGGGCUUUGGUCUUUGUGGUGCCCGUGGUGCUUUCCCAGGGGCGGCCGCUGGGGCCAGUGCGGGCUGUAGCCCAAGAUGCUGCGUCAGCCCCCAAGGGCCGUGUGAGCUUGGCGUGGUCAGCCUGCCGCCAUCCGUCUGGGCUCCAGGACCCAGAGCAGCCUGAGCCGCCCAGGAGGCUGAGAAGUCGGCCUGUUGUCCACCUGUCCUGCUUUGUGCCCGAGCACAGUGCUGGCUCUGGGCGGGGUGCGGGGAGCCCACGGGGGCCUUCCUGGGGUGGCCUGCAGGUGGCUGUGGGGAAUCAGAGCAUGGUUGCCUCUGCCCCCGGGGGGCCCACCUGCCCUCAGACGCCAGGCGGUGCUUCCCUGGCAGCCUUGGGCCAAGGCAGAAACUCCGCUCCUCCCGUCCCCUCUACUGACCGUGUCCCGGGCGCGCGCAUCUGUCCAGCUUUGUUAUUUUUUCCUUGUAAAGCAAACCCUGCCGUAAGCAGCAAGUGUUUGUUCGUGGACCUGCUGUUUUCUCUUGUCCUAACGUGUCACUAACUUAAAGGAUGCCGUGGCACCUCGUGUAUCUCUCUGCGGGGCUGAGGACCACCCCUGCCGCACGGUGUUUCGCUCUCCUAGCGGCCGCGUCAGCCCAGCCGGGACGCCUGCUGCGGAUCGGCGUGUGUGGCUAACGUCUCUCUUCCCGUCAGUGGCUAACCUUUUGCACUUGGUGGGGAGUUCUGGGGAUUUUGUGUGUGGGGUUUUUCGUUGGUUUUUAAAGAAAAACGAUCAGAAUCUUAA